AAAGCCAACAAUAUGUUAACUGCUGUGGGUGGUGGAAUUUGCCUGAAAACACUUGUGGCCCUUGUUGUAAUGCUAAGCAUUCUGGGUCAAUGCGAAAUGUCAUAUUAUCCAGGCCUACGUCGCCGACCAUUACAACCGGCUCAAAGCUCAUCCUAUGAAGUCAAUUCGGACUUUUUGACACAGCUAAUGGAGGAGAAUGCCCGACGAAGAUUACAACAACAAUUCGAGCAGCAUUUGGAGCUGAUCAAUUUGAAAUUGAUGAGAGAGCGCCAGAGAGAGGAGCGGAUGCGGGAACGUUAUCGUCAACAGCAGUUGGCGGCAAUGGCUGCAGAAAAUGACGAUGAUUACGAUUAUGUGCGUAAAUUCAAAGAAAAUUCCGAUGUCAACAGUGUGGUGGACAGUGGCAGUAGUAGUAGCGGCAGCAGCAACAGUGUCAACAAUAACAACAAUAUUGUCGACCAAUACGAUAACACCAAUCAGGAUUUCAGUUAUAAAUAUCCCAGUUUGGAAAAUAUUCACAAUCUAAGGGAUCGCAUUAAUUUCGCCGUCAAUCCCAAUGACCCCCGUUACUAUGAGAAUGUCGAUGAGAAUGCUGGUGGCUAUAUGGUCGGCAAUAUGGAAGCGGCCAAUGACAUUGAUGGUUUGCGGGAUGAAGAUGCCGGCGGCGAAGAUGAUGAAGUUGCCGAUGGUGAUAAGGAUGAGGAUUUAGAUUCACAAGUUCUUGAUGAAUAUGAAGAGUAUACACCGCAGCAGGUGGAUGCAAAUGCCAUUGAUGGAGGAGAUGGUAAAGCGGGAGGAAAAUUGAAUGGUGACACUAUGGUGUUACCACCCCAACAGGCUGGAAUUGUUGGUCAAGGCAGUAACCCCAAUUUCCAUCGCAUUAAACCGCAGUCGGUGUCAGCCGCUGCAGCGGCAGGUGUUAAUUCAAUAAAUGUUAAACAAGUCCAGGCAGGUGGUGUGGCACCAGCACGCCAGGACAUGACUUCUUUAAUUGACAAACUACAUCCGAAAGGUGAUUCUCUGGCACCGGGAGUAUUGGAUGGUUCGGGAGGUGAUGCUCACAUGGUGGUGCGAGAACAUUUGGGCAUGAAAGGUGAAAUGGGCAUGUAUGUGGUGGCAUUAAUAGCGGGAGUGAGUGCAGCAGCUACGGUGGGCUUAUUUGUUUUGGGCAUAGCUUGGUAUACAUUCCACAAUAAGAGCAAAGCUGCUGCUGAUGUUGAUUAUCCCGCCUAUGGUGUUACGGGACCCAAUAAAGACAUUUCUCCUUCGGGUGAUAGAAAGUUGGCUCAUAGUGCCCAAAUGUAUCACUAUCAACAUCAGAAACAACAAAUAAUUGCCAUGGAAAAUCGUCAAAACAAUGAAGAGAACUGUGAAAUGUCCUAUGUCGAAAGUGAUGACGAUAAUGAGGAGGGUGAUUAUACGGUUUAUGAAUGUCCUGGUUUGGCACCGACUGGUGAAAUGGAGGUAAAGAAUCCAUUAUUUUUGGAUGAUACACCAGUUACACCAUCGCUAGGUAAUCAUCCUAUCACUCAGGUUUCGGCACAACAGCCAUCGGUGAAGAAAAUUUUCGAAAAAAGUCAUCAACCGGCGACAACAUCAAGUUCUGCUGCGGCUGCUGCAACAGCAUCGUCAUCGUCAACAAAUGCAGGAAGUAAUGUUGCGGCAACGUCUUCCGAUGAUAAAAAAUCCAAGAAGUCAAAGAAAUAA